AGCCGUCGAGGGCGGCCCGCGUCUGAUGCCCUGAGAUGGCCUCGGAGCUGGCCAUGAGCGCGGCCGACCUGCCCACCAGCCCGCUGGCCAUCGAGUACGUCAACGACUUCGACCUGAUGAAGUUCGAGGUGAAGAAGGAGCCGGCCGAGGCCGAGCGCUUCUGCCACCGCCUCCCGCCGCCGGGCUCGCUCUCCUCGACGCCCCUCAGCACGCCCUGCUCCUCCGUGCCUUCCUCGCCCAGCUUCUGCGCGCCCAGCCCCGGCGGACAGCCCGCCCCCGGCCUCGCCCACCCGGCCGCCGGCAACCCCGCGGGCGCGGCGGGCAAGGCGCAGCUGGAGGACCUCUACUGGAUGUCCAGCUACCCGCAGCACCUCAACCCGGAGGCCCUCAACCUCACCCCGGAGGACGCCGUCGAGGCGCUCAUCGGCAACCCCCACGGCCACCACCACCACCACCACGGCCACCACCACCACCACCACCAGGGCGCCUACGACGGCUUCCGCGGCGGCGGCCCCGGCGGGCAGCCCUUCCCGCCCGAGGAGCUGGCCCCGACGGCGGCGGCCGCCCACCACCCGCUCCACCACCACCACCACCACCACCUGGCGGGCGCCCACCACGCCCACCACCACCACCUGCGCCUGGAGGAGCGCUUCUCCGACGACCAGCUGGUCUCCAUGUCGGUGCGGGAGCUCAACCGGCAGCUGCGCGGCUUCAGCAAGGAGGAGGUCAUCCGCCUCAAGCAGAAGCGCCGCACCCUCAAGAACCGCGGCUACGCCCAGUCCUGCCGCUACAAGCGCGUCCAGCAGCGGCACAUCCUGGAGAACGAGAAGUGCCAGCUGCAGGGCCAGGUCGAGCAGCUCAAGCAGGAGGUCGCCCGCCUCGCCAAGGAGCGCGACCUCUACAAGGAGAAGUACGAGAAGCUGGCCGGGCGCUCCUUCGCCGCCGCCCCCCGCGACGCCGCCCCUGCCCCGCCGCCCGGGGCCCCGGCCAAGAGCGCCGCCGACUUCUUCCUGUGACCCGACGGG